AUGGGAUCGGCCACCGUAGCGAGCUCUUCUUCCGAUGUUGCGAUCUCAGCUCUGCGGGAGAAGCAAGAGAAGGAAGUAGAGAAUCUAACACUGACGACACAACCUUUGAAUACAUUGAAGUUGUUUGUUGAGGCGACGAUUCAGUACAUUAAGCGAUCGAUAUCGUAUCUACUUGCUCAUGGAGGUUGGUUCAUGCUUAUAACCUCUUUGUUAGUGGGAUUUGGAGUUUUGCUUGUCACUGUUGAUGGACCUCAUGGAAAGCAUGUGGAAGAAGUUUUAGAGUAUGUCAGAUAUAGCUUAUGGUGGAUAGCACUUGGUGUAGCAUCUUCAAUUGGUCUUGGAUCUGGUCUUCACACUUUUGUUCUCUAUUUGGGUCCACACAUUGCUUUGUUCACUCUAAAAGCAACGCUAUGUGGCCGGGUUGAUCUUAAGUCUGCACCAUAUGAUACAAUACAGUUGAAACGAGUUCCUUCAUGGCUCGACAAAUCUUGUUCGGAGUUCGGUCCUCCUUUGAUGAUAUCAGCUGCUGGAUCUCGUGUUCCUCUUACCAGCAUAUUGCCACAAGUCCAAUUGGAAGCCAUCUUAUGGGGUAUAGGGACAGCUCUUGGGGAGCUUCCUCCAUAUUUCAUCUCAAGGGCAGCUAGUAUUUCUGGGAGCACAGUAGAUGAAAUAGAAGAGCUAGAUGGUUCCUCAUCUGAGGGUAGCGGAUUUAUGGCGACUUACCUAAACCGGAUUAAGCGUUGGCUAUUGACUCAUUCGCAGCACUUGAAUUUCUUCACUGUCUUGGUUCUUGCUUCGGUCCCAAAUCCUCUGUUUGACCUCGCUGGAAUAAUGUGUGGACAAUUUGGAGUUCCUUUUUGGGAAUUCUUUCUGGCUACUUUAAUCGGAAAGGCGAUAAUCAAAACUCACAUACAGACAAUAUUUAUCAUCUGCGUUUGUAAUAACCAACUGCUCGAUUGGAUGGAGAACGAGAUGAUCUGGAUACUUAGCCAUGUCCCUGGUUUGGCAUCUGUGUUGCCUGGACUCAUAGCCAAACUCCACACCAUGAAAGAGAAGUAUAUUGAUGCUUCACCUCCUGUUCCAUCUCAUAUCAAGGUGAAAAGAUGGGACUUUUCGUUUGCAUCGAUCUGGAAUGGGAUAGUGUGGCUCAUGCUACUUAACUUCUUCGUCAAGAUUGUGACAGCAACUGCCCAGAGACACUUGAAGAAGAAGCAAGAGAAAGAAAUUGCUGCUUUGACUCAUUCAGAUUGA